AUGUUUUCAAGGUUUGUCUAUGUUGUAGCAUGUUUCUACACUUCAUUCCUUUUUAUGGUUGAAGUUUUCAUGUGUGAAUAUACCAUGUUUGAUGGAUGGUUGGUUUGUUCCCACUUUCUGGCUGCUGUGAGCAGUGCUGCUGUGAACAUUCCUAUGUAAGUAUUUGUUUGAAAACCUGUUUUUCAGUUCUUUGGGGAUAAGCCUAGGCGUGGAGUUGCUGGGCCAUAUGGUAAUUCUAAGCUUAGCUUUGUGAGGAAAUACCAAAUUAUUUUCCAUAGAAGCGGCACCAUUUUGUACUCCCAUCAGCAACAUAGGAAGGUCCCAGUUUCUCUGCACCCUCAUCAACACUUAUUUUCUCUGUUACUAUUACUGUUAUUGUCCUUCUGGUGGGUAUGAAGUGGUAUCUAGUUGUGGUUUUGAUUUGCAUUUCUCUAAUGACUAAUGACGUUGAGCAUCUUUUUAUGUGCUUGUUGGAAAUCUGUAUGUCUUCUUUAGAGAAAUGUCGUUCCAGUCCUUUGCCUCCUUCUUAAUUGGGUUGUCUUUGUUGAGUUUGGAGUUCUUUAUAUAUGCUGGAUACUAGACCCGCAUCACAUGUAUGAUUUAUAAAUAUCGCAUUCUGUAGGUUGUCUUUUUAUUUUUGUCAUCGUGUCCUUUGGAACACAAACGUUUUUAAUUUUGAGGAAGUCUAAUUUAUCUUUUCUUUUGUUGCUUGUGCUUUUGUCGUCAUGGCAAAGAUUCCAUUGCCAAAUCCACGGUUAGGAAGAUUUGCCCUUAUGGUUUCUUCUAAGAAUUUUAUAGUUUUGGCUCUUAUACUUAGGUUCUACGUCCUUUAGAUUUUGUUCAUUAUUUAAAUCAUUGUUACUGAAUUAGUCCAGUGUGACCCAUAAACUGGGGUCAUAAUUUACCUCGGUAAAUUGUCCUAACAUUGAUUUGUGCAAAUUUGAAAGGAAGGAUUUUGGGGAUUUCAUAGGAGACUAUUUUCAUAGAGCUAAAUCCUUCAUGGUUUCAUAAACAUCACUUUCUAUAUAUAACCUCAACCUUUUUCUUCUCAACAUAAAGAAUUCCAAUUCUACUUCUGCGGCCUUUUUACCUUCUCAAGCAGGUGGACAAACUCAGUGAAAGCAGAGACCAGCCUUAAAGAGAUAGACCCCUUCCUUUCUUGGCCAGUUGAGUUUUAAAAGUAGAAAAUUUUGGAAAAAUUAGCUUGAUUGUGCAGCCUAUGAGAGAGAGAGAAAGAUUUUUAAAGAAAGUUUUCUCUGGAUUUAUGUAUUGCUGAGAUGAGUCAUAUAAAGUAAAUUCUUACUCCAUUUUGCAUUCUAAACUGGAUUGGGAAAAUCCAAUUAAAUAUGUUCUGUGAGUGUCACUUCUUUCAAACAUCACUUGUAUUGUAGGUUACUGGAAGAAGAAAUGGCCGACGAUCUUUCAUUAGGUUUUUUCAUAGGAGAACUUAAUAAAUACUGUCAGAAAAACAACGUAGAUGUUAACUAUCAUGAAGUGUCUAAGACAGGACCUCCACAUGACUUAAGGUUUACGAUUAAGGUUAUAAUAGACGGGAGAGAAUUUCCAGAAGCUGAAGGCAAACCAAAGAAGGAAGCAAAAAAUGCUGCAGCCAAAUUAGCUCUUGAAAUACUUAAUAAAGAAAAACAGGAUGUUAGUUCAUCAUCACUGUCGACAAUCGAUACUUCAGAUUUUAAUUACAUAGGUUAUCUUAAUAGUAUUGCCCAAAAGGAAAGAGUGUCUAUAAAUUAUGAACAACGUGAAGUUUGCACAAGUGGGCCCGAAAGAUUUUCUUGUAAAAUCAAAAUUGGAGAGAAAGAAUACGGCGAUGCUGUAGGUACUACUAAGCAGAAGGCAAAACAUUUGGCUGCUAAACGUACAUAUGAGCAGAUAAAAUUAGAAAAAAGCUCAAAGAAAGAUGAUUCAGGAUUCCUUGCCUUUUCCCCUGCUGGGUCCAGUGACUACGGAAGCGACUCCUCGAUAAUAUCUGUUUCUGAAUCACCAUCUGAAAAUGGUGUUUCAGCAAGUGGAUCAGGAAGAAAUGCUAACAGUGACAGUGUUACCAGUUCUCCUUCAUCUGUGAUGGGUGUCAGAAAACGGCUGGAGAAGGUGAAAAUAAAUUUGGCCCCUACCUUUUACUCUCCUGGAAAGCAUACUUCGGACAUCCGGUUUCUCAAGGAUUUUCCAGAAAUAACACAGAUUGGCUCAGGUGCAUAUGGCCAUAUUUUCAAAGCAAAACACAGACUUGAUGGGAAGACUUACGCCGUUAAACGUGUUAAAUACGAUGACAACAGGAAGGCAGAGCGUGAAGUACAAGUUUUGGCGACGCUGAAUCAUCCCAAUAUAGUUCGCUACUAUAAUAGUUGGGAAGGAAAUGAUUAUAAUCCUGAGGACAGCAACAAAAGAUUGACUAAGUGCCUUUUCAUCCAAAUGGAAUUCUGCGAUGAAGGGACAUUGGAAGAAUGGAUUGACCAAAGACGAAACCAGAAAACAAACAAAUACCUGUCUUUGGAAUUUUUUGAACAAAUAGCAGUAGGAGUGAAUUAUAUACAUUCAAAGAAGUUAAUUCACAGAGAUCUUAAGCCAAGUAACAUAUUUUUAGUAGAUGGAAAACAAAUAAAGAUUGGAGACUUUGGACUUGUAACAUUCCAGAAACAUAGUGAAAAGCGGACAGAGGACCAGGGAACUCCACUAUACAUGAGCCCGGAACAGCUCCAGUCUUCACCAGAAUAUGGAAACGAAGUGGACAUCUUUGCUUUGGGGCUAAUUCUUGCAGAACUUCUUUAUAUAACUUGCACUCGUGUGGAAACAGUGAAGAUUUUUGAAGAUCUCAGGAAUGGCCGUUUCUCAGAUAUAUUUGAUGACAGAGAAAAAAUUCUUCUACAGAAAUUACUUGCAAAAGAACCCGGGAAACGACCUAAAACACCUGAAAUACUGAAGACUUUGAAGGAGUGGAAGGGCAUUCCAGAGAAAAAGAUGCGAAACACGCGUUAGUGCUUUUUUAAAGAAGUGUCCUGCUUCUGAUAUUUGAUUUUCCUGUAACUGUCUAAAAUCUUCUAGGGAAUAUCGAUGGAAUUUACCUGUUGUUUUCACUUUUCCCUUAAUUUUUUUUUUUUACUAUAUCUGCAGAAAGGUUUGCACCUUUUUUAAAAAAU